AUGGACUUGAAUGCCGAUGCCCACGCCGGCACCACUUUCAAACGGCGUCGAGCAACCCUGACCAAGAAUCCUCCUCCAUCUGCCUUUACUUUCGCUCAGUCCCUUCGCAAACCUCAAUCCUCCGCAGCCCUUCAAAGAGCGCCGUCAGCUCCUCAGCCACGCAGUCAAGCAGCCUCACAUUCGAGCCGCGAUUUCCACCAGAGGACGCAAUCCUCCGCCUACGGUUCCUCGACCUCGUCCCUGGAACACUUAAGCAGAGAUCCUUCCCCCAUCCUUCCAUCCGCUCACUCUUUCGCAUCCGCCGCCAACAACCACCAAGUACUACAUACCUUUCCGCCCACGCCUGAGACCUCAGAUGACCGUCACAACGACUUGAUCGGCGCGCCUUUCGACGCCUCAGGACUUCUGUCAUCGUUCCAAGCCGUCAGCAUGAAUGAGAAACACAAUGGCAGUGCGCCGCAACCCCUUCUAUCGAAUUGUAAUAACACCAGCCCUGACUUGCGACAACAUCCCUUGCGAACUUCUCAGACAUUUGGACCUGGAGGCGUUGCCAUGAUGGAAGUCACCCCUCCCAAGUCAGAGAAUGGCAUUCUGAGUCCCAAGAGGUUCUCGGGGGAUGGGCAAACAAAACCUGGAGGGCCGUUUCGCAAGAGGAGUGGCUUCUCCAGCUUUGUCAACAACAUGCUUGGCUCUCCCAGGACAAUCAAGAUCUCCGCGCCCGAAAACCCGAUGCAUAUGAUACACGUUGGCUACGACAAUCAGACCGGGCAGUUUACGGGACUCCCUGCGGAUUGGCAGAGAAUACUAUCUGAUAGUGGAAUCCCCAAGACUGAGCAGGAGCAGAAUCCUCAGAUGAUGGUGGACAUUGUCGAGACUUACAGAAGCAAUUUUGGCGGCACAGAUGAUGGCGUUUGGCAGAAAUUCGAUCAUGCAAAGCUUUCGGACUCCCCUCAGAGCAGCAACAGCAGCCAUCACGGCCCCGUAAUAACGACUACAAGCAUUGGAUCGAGUUCCGCUGCCUAUUCGCCAAUGGUCGGUGUGAUGUCGCCUCCAGCAAGUCCUCGGUUUCCGCAAAACCAUGAAGGGAGCUUCGAAAAUCCACGAGCACCGCCACCGAUUCCGAAAGGCCCUUCGGGAAUGCCGGUGUCUAGCAUAAGAUCUGGUCAAUCUCCUAUCAUGAUGCCGCAUCGGGCCCCUCCAAGACCUCCUCAACAAAACAUACGAGAUCUUGCGCCCGCACGAUCAGCUCCUUCGCCUCCUGUCGUGCGAGAUUUGCCGUUGCGGGCAACUGAAGAACAAUCGAACCAGCAAGCCUGGGUGACCUCCUCCCCAGUCUCGCCACCUGCUCCUGGAGAUGCGGCACGCAGUCGUUCUGAUUCUAAAGGCCCUGGACUUACUCCUCCUCGUACACAACAAGCAAUUCAAUCUCCAGCUCAAUAUCAGCAGCAACAGGAACAUGCAAUGUUGUUGGCUCAACAAGCCAUUCAGAGCAAGCAGCUUGACCGUAGUCGGAGUCAGCGUCAGGUUGCGCAAGGUGCGCCCGAUGUGCCGCCCAAGGUCCUACCUCAGCAGCUCAGCCCUAACAAUCCACCAACACAAUUUGCCGCCGUGGCGGAGUCACCAUCCCUACAAGGCACGCAGCAGGUGGCCAUGGUCGGUCCCGCCCCAGGCCCCAGACCCCGAACGAGGCGACAGCAGAGCAAUAUUGUGGAUAUCACAGCUAGAUUAAAAGCAAUCUGCAGCCCAGGAGACCCUACCACGAAGUACAGCAACCUUAACAAGAUUGGACAGGGUGCUUCCGGCGGGGUUUUCACCGCAUAUGAAACUGGCACAAAGCGAUGUGUUGCAAUCAAACAGAUGAAUUUGGAACAACAACCAAAGAAGGAUCUCAUUAUUAAUGAGAUUCUGGUUAUGAAAGACAGCAAGCACAAGAAUAUUGUCAAUUUCAUAGACAGUUUCCUGCACGCUGGCGACUUAUGGGUCGUCAUGGAAUAUAUGCAGGGCGGCAGCCUUACCGAUGUGGUGACGUUCAACGUUAUGAGCGAGAGUCAGAUUGCAGCGGUGUGCAGGGAGGCAAGUACAUUGUACGGACUGCAGCAUCUGCAUUCGAAGAACGUGAUCCACCGAGACAUUAAAUCUGACAACAUCCUGCUUUCGGAAAGAGGCGACAUUAAGCUCACCGACUUUGGGUUUUGUGCUCAGAUUAAUGACACACAGAACAAGCGCACGACAAUGGUGGGGACGCCAUACUGGAUGGCCCCGGAAGUUGUGACUCGGAAAGAAUAUGGUCGAAAGGUAGACAUCUGGAGCUUGGGUAUCAUGGCCAUCGAAAUGAUCGAGGGAGAGCCGCCUUAUUUGACUGAAUCGCCGCUGCGAGCUCUAUACCUGAUCGCCAAGUACGGAACGCCGCGUAUUAAGGAUGAGCAGGCGCUCUCACCGGUCUUUCGAGACUUUCUACAUUUCGCCUUGAAGGUGGAACCUGAAAAGCGAGCGAGCGCCCAUGAUCUGCUACAUCAUCCUUUCCUCCAAAACUGUGCCCCGCUUGCCAGUCUUGCGCCUCUUGUUCAGUCGGCUCGAGAGAGUAGGGCAGCGGAAAAGGCCAAUCGAGGAAACUAA